AUGUCUGCACGAGACCCUGGAGGAGACCCACGCGAACCCGUCUCGCUCAGCCGGUACCCCGGAACUACCCGCACCCCGAGAUCUUCGCUCCGGCGCGAUGACGUGCAGGAGGAGACGGGGGGGGCCGGCGCUGCCCCCCCUGUUUGCGCUGUGCUGGACGCUGACCCUGGCGCUGGGUCGCAAGCCAGGACGCAAACCGGUUCCCCGGCCGGGUCGCAAGCCAGGAAGCGGGCCGGGUCGCAAGCCAGGACACAAACCAGUUCCCCGGCCGGGUCGCAAGCCAGGACGCAAACCAGUUCCCCGGCCGGGUCGCAAGCCAGGACGCGGGCCGGGUCGCAAGCCAGGACGCGGGCCGGGUCGCAAGCCAGGACGCAAACCAGUUCCCCGACCGGGUCGCAAACCAGUUCCCCGACCGGGUCGCAAGCCAGGACACAAACCAGUUCCCCGACCGGGUCGCAGGCCAGGACGCAGGCCGGGUCGCAAGCCAGGACACAAACCUGUUCCCCGACCGGGUCGCAAGCCAGGACGCAGACCGGUUCCCCGACCGGGUCGCAAGCCUGGAAGCAGGCCGGGACGCAGACCUGUUCCCCGGCCGGGUGGUCCCCCAUUUGAGCCAGUUGUUGUGUUCCAUCAAGAACCAGGCCCGCAGGCCCUCGUCCCCAGCAGUCCCUCAGGCUGCAGUAUCCCGGCUGACCAGCAGGUGGCGUGUGGCGCUCCCUCCAUCGGCGCUGCAGCCUGUGUGUCCAGAGGCUGUUGUGUGGGGGCAGGAGAGGCCGGUGGCUGCUACUACCCCAUGAACGGUAGGGGGGGACCCCGAGUACUGAUCUGUAU